AUGAUAGACAAUGUAAGUAUCUACGAAGAUUUACUGCUGUGGGAUACCACAACUAAAUUUAUGAUAAGAUUUCGCUCUCCGCCGGCGAAAAGUCGUUUGUGGAAUGGAUUAAAGGCACUGCUAUUAUUUUGUGGCGAGUCAUGUGAAAAAUGUCACUAUGCAAACAACGGGAAACUAGUGGUUGACGAUGUUCUUUACAUCUCUUCAAAUCGUGACCACAGUAUACUGAUGGAUUUAAACUGCAGCUGGGAUUUGGAAGCAAGCCCUGGAAAAACUCUUGCGAUAAGAAUAUGUGAGAAUUCUGUAGGUACAUAUGAUGACCUGUUUGUUCUUGACAUUGAUAAUGGAGCCAAAACUCCAACUAGGUUGAAUCGAGUUACAGUUGACAACGUCGGAACGCUCUACUUUGGUUCUCGAAUUUUAAUUGAUUUAAUUAAAAAGUCAAAUGCAUAUCAGUACGGACGUUUCGGUUUACUCAUCUAUUCUACAGAAAGGCCUAAAACUAAAAGUUGCUCAUUAUUAUACUCUAACAAACUUUACACAAGCGAAUGUGGAUGGUUUGAGAGUUUAAAAAAGCAAGCAACUUAUGAAAAAAAUCAAUAUUGCCAGUGGGCAGUCGAGUUACCGGCAAACACUCAACUGGUGCUUACAGUUGGCAGACUCGAUGCGGGAUUGUUGACGGGCGAUAGUUUUAGGGUUAUAGACUCGGCGACUGGCAGAAUCUAUAAACCCGGCGGUGGAAAGGGUAAUGUAAUACACAUAGAGGGGCCACGUUUUGGUGCAAGUGAAGUGACCUUCAUUUGGGAAACCGACUCAGUUGUUGAAUACAAUGGCUUUAACGUCACUUAUGGUACUGACAGCUAUUAG